GAGACGAGAACUGCAGAGCGACCUAAAGACUUCCAGCGUGAAGCUUUAAGCUGCCUUUCUUUCCGUAAUGAAGUUUGGUGCAUGUUUCCACUGCACUGGUACACAAAAGGAUUAUUCUACUUGUGAGGUAAUCUCUUGACGACGUGAUCCGAUAUUUAUCUACCUCAGCAGCUCCUGUUGGGGAACCGUGAAUCUGAUUCCAGUCUACCUCUAACAUCAUCCCACCAACAUGAGCGAUGACAGAGAGGGACGCAGGCCUGAUGGCGACGGAGCCAGACAGGCCCCCAAUGUCAAACCCAAGCUCAGCCAGAAAGAGAGGAACAGCAAGGAGGACAUGUCGAAGAAGGAGAAGCCUGCGAAAGUGAGGAGAUCGAGGAGCACCAACUCGGAGAGGGCGGAAAGGGGCAGGGGGAGAGAACGAGAGAGGAGGCAGCGGGGGAGGAGUGAGGAGGCCCGGGGACGGAACAGGAAAGAGGGAGAGAGCGCCAGGAGGAAGGUGAAGCCCCCUGAGGAUGAUGUGGAGGACACCGAGUGCGCUGUGUGUUUCUGCACCUACGAUAACAUCUUCAGGACCCCAAAGCUGCUGGCGUGCGGUCACACCUUCUGCCUGGAGUGCCUCGCUCGCAUCAACGUGACCUCUCCUGAGCUCAAGACGCUGUGCUGCCCGGUGUGUCGCGAGAUGACCGUGCUCCCCCACGGCCGGGACCUGCCCCGCCUGGGCAACAACCAGGACAUCAUAGGCAAGCUCCCACCAGACAUGCAGAGGGCGCUGUCCAUCCGAUUCAAGCGCAGCAAGGGCAAACUGCUCCUGAAGAACCCCCCUCCCACUGGCCCGACAAAGUCUCUCAUCCUGCCUAAAAAGAGCCAGGAUGCUCCGGUGACAGCAGGGGGUGACCUCCACUUGAGUGCACUGCAGCAGGGAGUAGCCCCAACCACUGUGGUGGACGUAGGCAGGCCUCCGAGCAGGGUCAGAGGUCGCCUGCGCAGGCUGUUCCGCUCAGACCAGUGCUACUACGCCGGGGUGGCGACGAUCAUCACCAUCACUGUGGCGCUCAUGCUGGUGGGGAUUCUGGCCUUUGUGAUCGUGCCGAAUUUGUACAGGCCUGGUCAUGUGGGGAACCAAACGUCACACCGUCCCCCAGACUCCGGGGGCUAGAAACCGGAAAGGGGGAGGACAGGCUGUAGAGAUAUCACACAAAAGUUGUAGUGGUUUUCAGUGAUCCUUUUGCCGCCUUGUGUGCUCUUGGUGAAGGAAAGGCUAAGCUAGCAACAUUCUUUAGACAGAGGACACACAGGCUCGAUGUUGCACAUAUGGGCAAUAAACUACAGCAAACCUGUAUGGUUGUUUGUUGUUGUUUUUUUGCUCUUUCCUGAACAUGUUUGUCGUUACUGUGAAAGCCAGACAUACUGUAUACGUGUAAAGGAACUGUCCACAAUGAUUAAUGAUGAAAUGCACUAAACUCUGUGAUGAAAGGACUUGUGUGUCUUUUGAGUGCAUCAGGCUGAUUUCCAUAAUCAGUUCAGGGUUUCUAUAGACCAACUCCUUGUACAUGGCCAAAGAUGAUUUCUGUAUUUGUAUUUACGUAUUUUCUCUUUUCACUCAUAACAACGUUUUUUUUACUUCCCAUUGUAUCAUUAAAUAAAAUAUUUUUCUAGAUUUUGAAAGGUCAUUGCUCCGUAUUUCCAAAACACAUGAUAAAAAGACAGUGGGGACUUCCUGUCCAUUCUCCUGACACUUGUCCUAUAUUUAGUGAAAACAGAUUUUUUUUUGCAAAAUGCCUUUCAGGGAACCUGCAUGUGUUCUUUAGACACCUGAUAGCCACUGGUGGUGUAAAUAAACUGGUGAACAGGGGGGCUUGAAUUCUGAAUUUUUACCCAGCCGCUCCUCUCUGUUGUUUGCCUGACAAACCUGUCUGACAGCAUACGUUCAUAGCAUUUUACUGAGCUACUAAAGGCCGGCGGUUUGCAGUAUUGACAGUGAGCAAAUUAGGCUAAUAUGCCAUCCAACUCUUUGGUGUGGGAUGGCCAAAACAUGUGGGAGGGUAAAUCAUGAAAGACCUCGACAAACUGCAGGAAUAACAGAAGAGAAAAUAAGUUCAGUCAUAUGUUAAUACUUUCAUGCAGCCUUUUAUCUUAUGUGCUACAUCUGAGUGUUCAGUAGCCACCUUUAAACUUAAAGCCAAGUUAAAAAUAACAGGAUAAAUGUUGGAUAGUGAUGCAGUAUUUAGUAUUUAAAACCAAUAAAAAAAUGACGACACAUUUUAUGCCACUCCAUUUAUCUGAUGGUUACUUUGCAGAUUAAGACUUUACAUAAAAAGCUGAGGAUGAUGAUCAGCCAAGAAGUGUUCAGAUCAUCUAUCAGUAAUGUACAUUAAUGUAAAAUAUACUCCAUGACAAUUAGAAAUCCUGCAUUUGUAAUAGUAUCAAAAGUACUCAUUCUGCAGAAAAAAUGGCCUGUGUGACUGAGCUAUUACCAUCCUUUUAUUAUUAACAUUGAAGCAUCACUGAAUAAGCAGCGUGUUUUGUUGUAGCUUGUCAAGCUGCAGCUUGUUUUAACCUUAUGUACAAAACAAGGUUGUGAAAUGAUUUGUGUUCUAAAAAUGAAAAUGAUGCUCGAUAAAGUUGUGUUGUAUUUGUAUUAUAUUUUAUUCUUUUUGUUGCCAAAAUGAAACCAAUUUAUGUGGAACUACUAAGUAACAUAAUAGACAUGAAACAUGACAUGCCACCGUUGCUAUUUUUGUAUUGUGGGUUACAAGCCACAAAAGGUACCAAAUGUAAAAUGUGAAAAGUAAAUGUGAAGGGGAAAAAGUACACGUUUUCUUCUGAAAUAUAGUGGAGUAGAGGUACAAUGUAUAUGGAGAAAUUGAAAUACUACCUACAAGUAUCUCGGAACACAGUAAAGCCUACUUGAGUUCAUGUAAUUACAAUCCACCACUGUGAUCAGUCUAGAAAAUAGGUUGUAUUGCACCUUUUGCUGAUACUUCUCCACAUGCAGGACUUUUACUGAGUGCUUUCCCCACCAUUGCUUAAAGACACACCCACCUGAGCCCCCUUCCCGGACUAUCGAGGCAAAUAUGGUCGGGUGCAUUAGAGCAGAAAGGAUCCCCCCCACCCCUCCUUUAAUCCACUCCUUACGCAAAUUUACCUUUAGGCCUAUACGUUAUGUGACCGCUUGGAUAGAGGUGGAACUUUAGAACACUUAAAGCAGACAGUCCUGAAACAGAAGUCUGUUGUGGAUAUUAUCGACCACCAUGGCUUCCACUCCCUCCGCCUCUGCCUUGACGGCUGUUCUACGGUGUCGGGGGAAUAUCUUGACCAGGAAUCCGCCGACCAAGCGGCCCUCCACCUCGGCCUACAGCCUCGCGCUGACCGGCGGCUCGCCAGCUGAGCGCACCCGGUCAAACCAGGCGUUAGCGUGGGAGGCUUUUCUGCAAGGAGACCGUGUUCUGGUGGGAAGAAGGCUGACUGUGGCGUAUAAGUCGCCGAGGGUGGAUGGCAAAACGUCUGGAGAAAAAGAUUCUAGGGAAACUAAUAAAUUAUCUCACCCAAAACUUUCGCAAUCCGCAUUGGACCCGCACUCAGCUGUGCACGGUGUCCAAAACGCGCUGGCACGUCAGCUGACACGCAGACCGACAUCUAGCCUGCCUCGAAUAGAGAAAUGCUCUCAAAUUAAACAAAAUAUUAAAUACGAGACAUAUGCUAUCUGGAAAAUGGUAUUUAGUGAGAACACCGGUGAAUUCACAGUUUUGAAAGUGUCCAUAACGUCCCCAUGUUUGCUAGAAAGUGCAGGACAAAUACCGUCUAUCGUGUUUACUGGCUGGUUAACGGCGAAGAGCACCUGCUUGUCUUUGGCUGCUCUGGUGUCAGAAUGUAUGUGUUUGAAGCUGGCGGUGUUGUGGAGGUCCAGCAGCAGCAGCCCUCGUGACGCUCUACAGCAUCAGACCACCAGAGACAAAGCCCUGCAGGCAAAUGGACAAACCCACAAUCCCAUUGACCUCACUUGCUCCAAGGAAAACUCAGACUCUGGACAAAUGAUCCCGGAGGACAGACCUGACUGAGAGUCCAAGGCCGCAGCACCAGACAUACACACUGUGAUCUAUCCUUAUUUACUGACUUUUACAGGGCUUUCACAAUGCACAAGGCACAUUUGGACUUCAACCCAGUGAACUGAGAAAACAACAGGUUGUUUUAGAGCAUUUCUCUGUCUUUGAGGGAAAGUAAGCAAUACUGGAACA